UAUAAAUGUUGCAUAUUCAUAACGAGGAGCAAUGGGAAAAAGUUUGCCACAAUGCCGCGGCUCUCGGCUAAUGAAUGUUGGCCAGUUCGGAGGAGGGAUUCGCAUGUGGAGCAGUCACUGCCGCCAGGGGCAUUCCAAUUCCAAUUCCAACUCCGUUCCCAUUUUGACUUCCACCCAGGGACUUUUUCUAAUCCGCUGCGUGGGCGCAGGCAGUAUGACGAUCAUUAAUCUGCCGCUAAUGCCGGACCUCACUUGCAGGUCUCCAAAUCAUCCGCACACGGGCACACAAUGGACUUGGGGAUACGGAUCUUACAAAGAAAUUGAUUUAACUAGUUUGGGACUUAACUGAUUCUCCUGCAAUAAAUCUAGACAAUUUGUGUAAAUCACAUCUCUCUACAAUUGGCACUCUAUAACUU